AUGCAGAAAAUAUCGCUCGCCGGCUGCAAUAGCGGCACAAAUCAAAAAAAAAACAAAAUCGUACUUUCAAUCGCGAAUCAUCCAUCAAUAUUCACUUCAUUUCCUGCAAUACUGGCACAACCGUAUAUUGUGAUAGAAACCGCUAGAUGGCACUUGUGCCGUUUCCGAAUUUUAGUUGAUCUUCCUUGCAUCUACGGGCAAUACCGACACAUCUACCCAGUAGCGUGCCAGCUGAAAACCGUCAUUUUCCUGAAUCCUAUUUUGUGCAGUUAUUGUCGGGUACAAUGGAAAAAACGAGGAGCGCAAAAAUACUCUCUAUGGUAGGGAUCAAAUUAAAGAAAGGACCCACCAGCGAAGAGUGGAAGAUAGUACCUCAAGCUACUAAUGCAGACUCAACCAGCGUAACGCCUAAAAACAUAGAACGAGCUUCAGAAAGUGAAGCGGACAAAGAAAACACAUCUCCACAAGUCCCGGAAGCUUCUGUUAGGAGUAAGAAAUUUGAAAAAGAUGGUGAUUGCAAGCUUGUUGAAAACCAAAUAGUAGAGGAACUAGGCGUAGGAAGUCUUUUUCCAUCAGAUAAUUGCAGAAUUCAAGAAAGAGAAGCAGUUUUAGAUGGAGAGUCAUGUGCUACAACUACGCAAGAGCUCUCGGAGGCGGAAGAAAGCAGAGACGAAAUUGGAACUGGACAAGAGCAGUUGGACUUAGAAGAUCCUUUUUCAUCUGACGAUUCAAUAAUGGAUCCUGACUAUGAAGAACCAGUUGUAUCACAACAUUCUCAAUGCCCGACGGAAUCAUGCACAGAGAAAAAGAAGAGUAGGAAGAGAAAAGCAGAGCCCUGUGAAUGGAAAAGAAAUAAAACAAAGCUAUUAAGGAACAGUGGACAAGAAUACCACUCCUUAAACAAGAAUAAACCAGUAUCUAGUAGACAAAUGACACAACCCUGUGACGGCACUUGCAAGCUAAAAUGUACAGCAAAAUUCACUGAAGAGGAUAGGAAGUUCCUGUUCACCAAGUUCUGGAAUUUAGCCAAUAUUAACAAACAGAGGGUGUUUAUUGCUACUCUGAUGCAAGAAAUCACACCAAAAUACACGUAUCCCAUUCUAAUCAAUGGCAAACGAAAACGAACUAAUAAUAAUUCGUUUCAUUUGGAAAAAGGAGAAGAGAAACUUAGGGUUUGCAAGAAAUUCUUCACAUCAACUUUUGGCAUCAGCAAUCGCUGUAUUCGGAGUGUCAUAUCGAAAAGAGCUGAAGGUGAUUUUGAAGACAAAAGGGGGAAACAUGGUAAUCAAACCCGAAUAUCUGAU